CUGCCUAUACUUCCUUGUUCUGCUAUAGACUCUUUUUGCAUGACUCCAAACAAAAUGUGGCAGCGUCUGAGAGAUGGGAUAAAGAGAGAGGGUCGACGGGCGCGGCAUAGACCCUGGCACGAACGGAAAGGAAGUAGGUCUCAGAUCGAGCUAAUCACCCUCUCAUACAGCAGCUGCAUGCUCGUUUAGCAUCCUGUUGUUAAUCUGAAGCACACGCGUCAUGGAGCUACAACGUGUACCAUAAAAGUGUCGUUGUUGCCCUCAAGGACGAGAUGUAUUUUCCAUUAUGGAAAUUUUUAGAAGUUGACCAUGAUUGUAAUGAUGCAGCGGAGGGUCCUGUUCUGCAUAUACGGAAUACCGGAAUAAUCUGGGCAUGCGUCAGGAUCGCUGAGCUUGGAUCUAGCAUUACAUCGGAAUUGUUCGAGAACUUAUUCCUUAUUACGACAGGACCGCGUAGCUUCAAAGGACUUUCGCAUCGCCGUAAAGAUGCACGUUCUUCGCUGCCAUCUAGUUGCUUUCAUAGUCAUCGCACAACGGCUGUCCGUUCUCAUCACGCAUCUAACCCAUCCUACCUACAUCACGAUACGAAAAACGAAAAUAUGUCCAGAUAUGCUUCCAACGUCCAACCAAAACUGCCUAUCCCGCCGAUGACAAUACUAACAGCGGCGCGUCUCACGUGCGCUUCCAUACAGAGUCGGCAGAGUCAGAGGGGUAUGCUUACCCGCUCGGGGGGAACCGUCUAGCAUUCCGUCAAGCAGCCGCAUGCCAACUACUAUUCACUAGUAGCUACACGCUGUAGACUCCCCAUUAUAGCUCUCUGUCGUAGCAAAUAAGUAAAAACUCGCUGCAAUGGCAGUCCCCUAAGCGACCGGCCGUUCAUUCAGUCAGUCAUUCAUCUCGGGAAAUUAGACAACAUCGGUCGGUAAAGAGCCACCUACACACGCGUUGCGUGCCACAAGCAUCAUCAGCACUACAUCGAAAAGAGCGUAUUCACUACAACGGGUACCAUCAGUGGUAUACGCUAACUUUUCAGUGCUGCUGCCGCCGCCGCCGCCGGAUCAUUCAACACACACAUACACUCCCAACAUUAGCAAAUACAGCCACGAUAAAUAUGUCUGUGCAGAUUUCUGCAGAAGAUUCAUAUAGACAAGCGGACAACAGUUGCAGCUGUCGAACACCGCUCUCAUCAUGACUAACCGAUACAGUAUACAUCUACAUUUUUACAUCUGUGCGUAUACUAUAUGAAUUGGACAGGGGUCGAGCGUUAAAGCAGCGUCAAUGUACAACUUCUUCAAAACGCACGCAUAUGAACAUUGCAAUACUGUAGCAUAAAGAGAAAGCGGUACUCCCUUUACUCGUUCAUUGUAUCAGACUUGUAACAUACGGCGCUUCACCAUCUUUUAAUUUCGGUAACGAAAGUACAUUGUAUAAUACUAGUCUGAAGGUCAAAACCGGUGUUCUACGACAAUAAAAAGUACGAAACGACCUAGAACUCUGAGGCAGUUUGCGAAAGUUGUUUUUGAAGGAUUUAUUUAGGUCUUCUUUGAUGAAGAGAAUUGGCCGUUCACACUGAACGCGGUUGGAUCUUCGAGAGACUGCUUCGCAGAAAAGUGUCGUUGAUAGAUAAUUUAUGUCUAUAUAAUGUGAACAAUAUAGCUGUGUACCGCUGAGCUACCCUAGACAUAGCACUGACUGUACAUAACCGUAUACAGUCAAAUAUAUGUUAGA